GCACUUAUAAACUCGGGCCCCGGCCCGCCGGCAUGUCAGAGGCUGCCUUGCCUGGGUUGCGCGCCGUUGCCAGACGCGUCUGGGCUGGGACAGACAGGAGCAGCUAUCGCCAGCGGAGCCCUGCGCCUCUCGUCGCGGCGCCUGCGCUCUCCCCGGGGCCUGCACGCGGCGCGUCUGGACAGCAUGCUCCGGGUCCUCCUCCUCGGCAUGCUGGCCCCCGCUGGCCUGGGGCUCCCGGCGCCCACAGAGCCGCAGCCCCAUGGCAGCCAGUGCAUCGAGCACGACUGCUUCGCGCUCUUCCGGGGCCCCGCGACCUUCCUCGCUGCCAGUCAGGCCUGCGAGAGCCUGCAAGGCCACCUGAUGACCGUGCGCUCCUCGGUGGCAGCUGAGGUCAUCUCCUUGCUACUGAGUGGCGACGGCGGCGACAGCCAGCGCCUCUGGAUCGGCCUGCAGCUCCCGCCCGGCUGCGGCGACCCAGGGCACUCUGGGCCCUUGCGCGGUUUCCAGUGGGUUACGGGCGAUAACCGCACCAGCUACAGCAGGUGGGCGCGGCUCCACCGCGACCCGGCGCUUCUCUGCGGUCCGCUUUGCGUCGCAGUCUCGGCGGCCGGGGCCGCUGCACCGGGCGAGCCGGCCUGGGAGGAGCAGCAGUGCGCCGCGGAGGCCGACGGCUUCCUCUGCGAGUUCCACUUCGCAGCCUCCUGCAGGCCCCUGGCCGUGGAGUCCGCGGCGGCCGCCAGUGUCUCGAUCACCUACAGCACCCCGUUCGGGGCCCGCGGCGCGGACUUCCAGGCGUUGCCUGCGGGUAGCUCCGCCGCUGUCGCGCCCUUCGGAGUGGAGCUGGAGUGCACGGCGCCUCCCGGAGAGGCCGAGGCGCGCUGGAGCCGGGAGGCGCCGGGCGCCUGGGACUGCAGCGUGGAGAGCGGCGGCUGCGAGCGCGCGUGCAACCGGAGCGCCGGGACGUCGCGCUGCCUCUGCCCCGCCGACGCCGCCCUGCAGGCCGACGGGCGCUCCUGCGCCGCGCCUGGGGAGCACUCCUGCGACCAACUCUGCGACCAUUUCUGCGUCCGCAACCCGGACGUGCCCGGCGGCUACUCGUGCAUGUGCGAGACGGGCUACCAGCUGGCUGCCGACCAGCACCGUUGCGAGGACGUGGACGAUUGUAAGCUGGUGCCCAGUCCGUGCCCGCAGCGCUGUGUCAACACCCAGGGCGGCUUCAAGUGCCACUGCUACCCUGGGUACGACCUGGUGGACGGCGAGUGCGUGCAGCCCGUGGACCCAUGCUUCGGGACUAACUGCGAGUACCAGUGCCAGCCUGUGGGUCAGAAUGACUACCGCUGCAUCUGCGCCGAGGGCUUCGCGCCCAUCCCCCAAGACCCGGACCGGUGCCAGAUGUUCUGCAACCAGACUGCAUGCCCAGCCGACUGCGACCCCAAUAACCCAUCUAACUGCCAGUGCCCGGAAGGCUACAUCCUGGACGACGGCGUCAUAUGCACAGACAUCAACGAGUGCGACAGUGGCUACUGCCCGGGCGAGUGCCGCAACCUCUUUGGCAGCUACGAGUGCAUCUGUGGGCCAGACUCGGCCCUCGCCGGCCAGGUUGCCACUGACUGUGACCGCAAGGAGAGCAAAGGAGACGACGAAGACAGCGGAUCUGGGGAGCCCCCGGUCAGCCGGACUCCCGGCACCACGGCGAGCCCCUCGCCGGUAGCGCCCCUGCAUUCGGGCGUGCUCAUUGGCAUCUCCAUCGCAAGUCUGUCUCUGGUGGUGGCGCUUUUGGCGCUCCUCUGCCACCUGCGCAAGAAGCAAGGUGCCAUGUCGACAGAGCUAGAGUACAAGUAUGGGGCCCCAACCAAGGAGGUGGUGCUGCAGCACGUGGGGACGGAGAGGAUGCCUCAGAAACUCUGAGGGGCCCCCCUCCCUGACCCAGGUGUGGGUUUGGCCUUUGCCUCCCUCCCGUGUCCUCCCCCCUCCCCCAGCCUUACUCCCUGGCCACCCCAAAGCACCUUAGCUGGCAUCAGAACCGGAGAAGACCCUCCUCACCUUCUUCUCUGAUUCCACACGAGGCUGGGGAGUGGGCAUUGGAAGGACUCCACGCCCCAGCCAUUUCCGUGCCAUCGUCGCACAACUGGGCAAGCUGGCAGUUUGAUGAUGAAGACACAGACUGCAGAGUGUCCCAUGCCCCCACCAUGGAGGGCGAGCCUUACGGUAGGCAGCCUUUGGGGCAGACUGUGAGCCCCCAGACUAGUGAGUGUAAUGAAGUCAUUGGUAAUGACCAACAUAUUUAUUUUUUAAGUAUUUAGGAUCUUUUUCUUUUGCUUUUUUCCCUUCCUGUAGGUAUCUCUCCCCCCUCCCUUCCCUUUGAUCUUCCUUCUCUCUGUAUUUAUAUACUCCUACUUGUCAUGUGGCAGUGGAACCAUCUUGGUGAAGUUUCCCCCCAGCCCUCUUGCAUUUAUUAAGCCGAGCCCUGUAUGUCCCCUCAUUCCUCCGAGUUUUCCCCUCUCAGGAACUCAGCCAACCCCCCCCCGAGUCACCUGCCCUGCGUCAGACCCCUCUGCUCUGACCUGCCUGCCUAGGCAGAGCCCCUGUGUGAGCCAGAAACAAGAACUCUACACACAAGACUGGCUGGGGUGUGCUCUUGCACCAGAGUUGCUAAUUUGUCUUGAAAUUUCAGGCUUCCAGAGCAAUAUCAUUUUACCAAGGUUAAGAUGGGAGAGGCAUUUGUUAAACUAACGUUGCUGGGCUGUUAUAGGAAUUCAACCCCAAGGAGUUUUUUAUUUUCUAAACAGUGAGCCUGGGUUUUAUUGUUGUUGUUGUUUUGCUUUGGACUGAAAAGUAAUAACUGUUGUUAAGCUUCUUAUACAGUUUCUUUUUCCAUGAUGAUGAUGAUGAUGAUGAGUUAUUUUUGACAAUGUUGAAAACGUUCACAUGAUUGCUCUCGACUGAGGGAAGAAAGAAGCCCCUCCCAGGAGACAGCUGAAGACAGUUUUGAGCUGUGUGAUCCAGGCCAAUUACCAUUUUGGCUCCUCUCAUUGUUCUUGUAAUUUGUAGGCCAGCUCUACUGGUUCUUUGGUAUUGGGGAGCCUAAGGAUGGAACCUGAAGAAUGCUCAGUGAGGGCCCCACCUUGAUCAGGCCCUUGAGAAUUCCUCCCACGUCAGAGAGGCCUUCUAACGCUGUCCACUAGGAACGUGGUCCCUAGACAAGAAGCGGAGGCUGGCUGGGAAUGCAGAAACUCCGGCCCCACCCACCUACCGCAGGAGAAUCUGUAUUUUAACAAGAGCUGCAGGGGGUUGUCUGCCCAGUAUAGUUUGAGGAGAACUGUUCCAGAUUGCUUCCAACAUUCUGGAAUAUUUUAAAUAUGGAUCAGUAAUAAGUAGCAGGCCAAAUCAGGCCCUUUAUUCUCAAGAAACUGAGGAAUUUUCAUAUUAUGGCUUUGCUUUCUGGUAGAAAGACUAGGUACACACCUUUAGACAUUGCUCCACAGGGGAGAGAAGUUCUUCGGUUCAACUAAGCUAGGAACGAAAUCACGCUUCAGUGUGUGGAAAAAAAUGUAUGAUAUAAUGUAUCUUUUGUGAUGCAAAGGUUUUCUUCUACUAGUUUGUAAACUCAGCACAUUUGUACAUAGUUAUUUAUUUAUUGGAGAUAAACUAGAACACAGGCAAAACCCUUGCUUAUGACAUCACAUGUAGAAAAUAAACAAAUAAGAGAGUG